CGUUUUCCCUCUCCUGUCUUUUGCUUGUUCGACUCCCCAAAACCCCAAAGAAAUACGAAAAAAAGAAAAGAAAAAAGAAAGAGUAUUGAGAUAAUGAUAGUCACGUCCCACAUUCUUCAACCCCUUUGCUUCAGUCCAACUCCACCACUCCAAAUGUCUCUGUGAAAAUUUUCUUUGUUUCUUUGUCAAGAAUCUUUUUUAGUAUUUGUUUUUUCUGCUUUCCCAGAUCAACAAGAAAGCGUUUUACUUUCCAUUUUUUAUAAUUCAAGAAAGGUUGUUUUCAUUGCCAGCCAUGACUGAGGUCCUCAACCCCAACCAUUCUCCUUCACAUUUCUCUCCCUCUUCUUCUUCUCCUUCUCCUUCUUCCUCUGCACACAUUCAGAAUGAGGACAACAACCGCGGCUGUGAAUGUGGGUCGCCGUCUUCGUCGGUAGCCGAGGAACGGGAUUCUAUAGUGACCGGCUGUGAGGAAGAGGAGGCGGAGGGUGACCGGCAGAGAAGGGAUCAGCUGUCUUUGCUAGCAUUGCUGGUGGCCCUUUUCAGGAGAUCUUUGGUUGCUUGCAAGAGUACUGACAGGAGGGAGCUCUGUGCAAUGGAGAUCGGGUUGCCAACUAAUGUGCGCCAUGUGGCGCAUGUUACCUUUGAUAGGUUCAAUGGGUUCUUGGGAUUACCUGUGGAGUUUGAACCUGAGGUGCCCAGGAGGCCUCCCAGUGCAAGUGCUACCGUCUUUGGAGUUUCCACGGAAUCCAUGCAGUUGUCAUUUGACUCAAGAGGGAAUAGUGUGCCAACGAUUCUCUUGCUAAUGCAGAGAAACUUGUAUGCUCUAGGAGGCCUGCAGGCAGAAGGAAUUUUCAGAAUUGCUGCAGAAAACAGCCAAGAGGAGUAUGUCAGGGACCAAUUGAAUGGGGGUGUGGUACCAGAAGGCACUGAUGUACACUGUUUGGCAGGCCUUAUCAAGGCUUGGUUUAGGGAACUCCCAAGUGGGGUUCUGGAUUCUCUAUCACCUGAGCAGGUAAUGCAAUGCCAGACGGAAGAGGAUUAUGCCGAGCUUGUGAGGCUUCUACCCCCAACUGAAUUUGCUCUACUGGAUUGGGCCAUCAACCUCAUGGCUGAUGUUGUCCAACAGGAACAUCUGAACAAGAUGGAUGCGCGAAACAUAGCUAUGGUUUUUGCACCAAACAUGACUCAGAUGGCAGAUCCUUUGACUGCUUUGAUGUAUGCAGUCCAAGUUAUGAACUUCCUCAAGACCCUAAUCUUAAAAACACUGCGCGAAAGAAAAGAUUCUGCCGAGGAGCCAUCUUCUGCUAGCCGUUUAGAGCCUUCUGAUGAGAAUGGCCACCAGAGCCCUUCACAAACCUGCCUGGAAGAUAUUACCCGAGAGAAUGAAGAGAGAGAGCAUGCAUUCGUUGCUGAAGAACCUGUGUCAGAAAUUUCCCCCAACUCUAACCAAAAC